AUUCUUAAAACUUCACAAAAAAAUAUAAUUUAUAUAAUAAUUUUUAAAUUUAUAAAAUUUAAUUUGAUAAAUUUUGAUUUUUAGGAGAGUAGAGAGAGAGUGAGCGAUUCUGGUGCACAAGGGUUUCCGAUCAUCUCUGCCAAUGGCCAGCUCCGGCACCUGCGCCGGAGCAGCUUCCAUUUCCUUCUCUUAUUCUUUUCUUAUGAGUGUUGAGAGUGCUGUUGUUUCUCCACCCGCAACAGAGACAUCGAAUGGUGAUGUUAGGGGUAUUCCGACGAAACCCUGGGCGUCACUGUUCAGUAUAUCUGAAGCGAAUCGCCUUACGUAUAUCCCUCAGGAAGUAGUCAAUGGGGGUCUCAGAAUGCCCAAGGCGGUUCGUGAAGCGGGAGCAGCACGCUGGAAGAAUUGCUUGGUUGGGCAAUUUCUUCAGGAUCCUUCAUCGCUCUAUGUCCUGCGUCGCUGGGUCAACAAGCUAUGGGGUAGGGAUGGGCUGGUUAGGGUUUCUCUGCUUUAUGACAAGAUGUUAUUAAUUCAGUUGCCGAAUCAACAGGUUUGUGAGUGGAUACUAGAGAAUGGUCCUUGGUUUUGGUUCAACAAUCUGCUAUAUCUUCGUCCAUGGGUUCCUGGAAUCAGUGUAGAGGAUCUAGGCAGGAAGGCUCUUCCAAUAUGGGUUCAUCUGGCGAAUGUUCCACUUGAAUACAAUGAUUUCCAGGGGUUGAGUCGUAUUGCUAGCUGGGAGGGUGUUCCACUAGGGGUUGACCAUACUACUAGGGUAGGAAACAGACAUGAAUUUGCUAAAGUACUGGUUGAGCUUACUGCUGAGAGUGAAUUUCCGGAUCAUGUCCUGCUGUGGCCUGAUGAUGAUUCAUCCAUUAGGAUAGGAGUCUCUUAUUGCAACCUACCUCCUGUUUGUUUAGUAUGCAAGCUAUUUGGGGUAUCGGGGGCAUGUGUAGCUCAUCAUGGGAAACAGUGGGUGCCUGUGACACAGAAAACACAGGAGGUUCUCUCUUCACCGGUUCAAGCAGCUGCUGAGGAGGAGGUGCAGAAUGUCCCAGUGGCAACGCUAACAACAAGUGGAAAAGGAAAAGAGGUACAGGAGAGUGUUGAUCCCCAAUUACAAGCCAUAUUUACUAGUCCUUCACUGGUGGAUGCUAGCAGGAUUAUUCCUCAGAACUUGGAGAAGUCAUUCUCAGCUGUAGCAGGGUCUUCUUCGCCUAAGCUGCCAACAGAUGAUGAAUUCCAAAGGGUUCUCAAUGGUGCAAAACCUAGGGUCUGGUCAAAUGAUAAAGCUAAGGGUGCUAUUCAAGCAUCAACUUCUUCAUUUAUUGUGCUAAGCCAUCUGGGAGAUAAGGAAUCAGGUCGAAUUAUGGAUGCUCCAAAGAAAAAAGAUGUAAGGAGGGAUCAGUGGAAGGGAGGAGGGGGGAAACCUCCAACUUCUAAAUGAUUAUCCUAUUUUGGAAUGUACGGGGGUUUAAUAAAACCUCCAAGCAAAGGGACUUGAUGCAAGUCCUUAGUAGGAAUAAAGUUGAUGUGGUAGCGGUAUUUGAAACUCGUAUAAAAGCAGAGAAAGCUAAAGAGGCGGUUGAAGAGGUAUUUGCUGGUUGGGAGAGAUGCAUAGAAUGUGUUGAUUCAAACAUGGGCAGAUUUUGGUUAUUUUGGGUUCCAGAAAUUAAGAUUCAAGUGAUUA